GUGGGGGCUGGCAAGAAGCAGGGACACCAGGAAUGGUUUUGAUUCCUCCUGGGGUAGGGCUGCUGUCUUUGCUCUGUAGAGGGCCAGAGAUGCGAGAGGGCCUAGCUGGGAUUUAACUCAGAACAGCUUUCAGCAUCACCUUGUCCUGGAGGAAGGCACCUGCCAGCAGAGAAUCUGGACCAGCCAGAAGAGGUUGAUUGACUUAUGUGUGGUUUGGGAGCCUGGAGUUUGCUUGCCCUCUGCAGACGGGAACAGAGCCUCCGCUGGUGUGGCGAGAAGCAGUCCUAAUGAGGCAGAGAAGCUGAGCACUGUCUGGGAAGCCCACGCAGAGCGGCACAAGGCAUCGAGAGGCCGUGGGCUGGGCAGCAGGCAGCAGGGCUUGGUGCUGAGGAUGGCCAGGCAGCAGGCACCACCCUGGGUCCACAUAGCCCUCAUCCUCUUCCUCCUCAGCCUUGGAGGGGCCAUUGAGAUUCCGAUGGAUCCAAGCAUUCAGAAUGAGCUGACCCAGCCCCCGACUAUCACCAAGCAGUCAGUGAAGGACCACAUCGUGGAUCCCCGUGAUAACAUCCUGAUUGAAUGUGAAGCUAAGGGGAACCCUGCCCCCAGCUUUCACUGGACUCGGAACAGCAGAUUCUUCAACAUUGCCAAGGACCCACGGGUGUCCAUGAGGCGGAGGUCUGGGACUUUGGUGAUUGACUUCCGCAGUGGCGGGAGACCUGAGGAAUACGAAGGAGAAUACCAGUGCUUUGCCCGAAACAAGUUUGGCACUGCGCUUAGCAACCGGAUCCGCCUACAGGUGUCCAAAUCUCCCCUGUGGCCCAAGGAAAACCUGGACCCCGUUGUGGUUCAAGAGGGUGCCCCCUUAACACUACAGUGCAACCCCCCACCUGGCCUCCCAUCCCCCGUCAUCUUCUGGAUGAGCAGCUCCAUGGAGCCCAUCACCCAGGACAAGCGCGUCUCCCAGGGCCAUAAUGGGGACCUGUACUUCUCCAACGUCAUGCUACAAGACAUGCAGACCGACUACAGCUGCAACGCACGGUUCCACUUUACCCACACCAUUCAGCAGAAGAAUCCCUUCACCCUCAAGGUCCUCACCAACAACCCCUAUAAUGACUCGUCCUUAAGAAACCACCCUGACAUAUACAGUGCCCGAGGAGUUGCAGAGAGGACACCGAGCUUCAUGUAUCCCCAGGGCACCUCGAGCAGUCAGAUGGUUCUUCGAGGCAUGGACCUGCUGCUGGAGUGCAUAGCCUCUGGGGUUCCAACACCAGACAUUGCAUGGUACAAGAAAGGUGGGGACCUCCCAUCUGACAAGGCCAAGUUCGAGAACUUUAACAAGGCCCUGCGCAUCACCAAUGUCUCCGAAGAAGACUCUGGGGAGUAUUUCUGCCUGGCCUCCAACAAGAUGGGCAGCAUCAGGCACACGAUCUCGGUGAGAGUAAAGGCUGCUCCGUACUGGCUGGACGAGCCCAAGAACCUGAUCCUGGCUCCUGGUGAAGACGGAAGGCUGGUAUGCCGAGCCAAUGGGAACCCAAAGCCAACUGUCCAGUGGAUGGUGAACGGAGAACCUUUGCAAUCGGCACCACCCAACCCCAACCGUGAGGUAGCCGGAGACACCAUCAUCUUCCGGGACACUCAGAUCAGCAGCAGGGCGGUGUACCAGUGCAACACGUCCAACGAGCAUGGCUACUUGCUGGCCAAUGCCUUCGUCAGUGUGUUGGAUGUACCCCCUCGGAUGCUGUCUCCCCGGAACCAACUCAUCAGAGUGAUCCUUUACAAUCGAACCCGGCUGGACUGUCCAUUCUUUGGGUCUCCCAUUCCAACACUCCGAUGGUUUAAGAAUGGGCAAGGAAGCAACCUGGAUGGUGGUAACUACCACGUCUACGAAAACGGCAGUCUGGAAAUUAAGAUGAUUCGCAAAGAGGACCAAGGCAUCUACACCUGCGUGGCCACCAACAUCCUAGGCAAAGCUGAAAACCAAGUCCGCCUGGAGGUCAAAGACCCCACCAGGAUCUACAGGAUGCCUGAGGACCAGGUGGCCAAGAGGGGCACCACGGUGCAGCUGGAGUGUCGCGUGAAGCAUGACCCCUCCUUGAAGCUCACUGUGUCCUGGCUGAAGGACGAUGAACCACUCUACAUUGGAAACAGGAUGAAGAAGGAAGCCGACUCCCUGACCAUCUUCGGCGUGGCCGAGCGGGACCAAGGCAGUUACACGUGCAUGGCUAGCACCGAGCUGGACCAGGACCUAGCCAAGGCCUACCUCACUGUUCUAGCUGAUCAGGCCACUCCAACUAACCGUUUGGCUGCCCUGCCCAAAGGGCGGCCAGACCGACCCAGGGACCUGGAGCUCACUGACCUGGCUGAGAGGAGCGUGAGGCUGACCUGGAUCCCAGGGGGCGAUAACAACAGUCCCAUCACAGACUAUGUCAUCCAGUUUGAAGAGGACCAGUUCCAGCCAGGGGUCUGGCAUGACCACUCCAAGUUCCCAGGCAGUGUCAACUCAGCCGUCCUCCACCUGUCCCCUUAUGUCAACUACCAAUUCCGAGUCAUCGCAGUCAACGAGGUUGGGAGCAGCCACCCCAGCCUUCCAUCCGAGCGCUACAGAACCAGUGGAGCGCCUCCUGAGUCUAAUCCCAGCGACGUGAAGGGAGAAGGGACAAGAAAGAACAACAUGGAGAUCACAUGGACGCCCAUGAAUGCUACCUCCGCCUUUGGCCCCAACUUGCGCUACAUUGUCAAGUGGCGACGGAGAGAGACCCGAGAGACUUGGAACAACGUCACAGUGUGGGGCUCCCGCUAUGUGGUGGGGCAGACCCCCGUCUACGUGCCCUAUGAGAUCAGAGUCCAGGCUGAAAAUGACUUUGGGAAGGGUCCUGAGCCCGACACCAUCAUUGGGUACUCGGGAGAAGAUUAUCCCAGGGCUGCGCCCACUGAAGUUAAAAUCCGAGUCAUGAACAGCACAGCCAUCAGCCUUCAGUGGAACCGGGUGUACUCUGACACGGUCCAAGGCCAGCUCAGAGAAUAUCGAGCUUACUACUGGAGGGAAAGCAGUUUGCUGAAGAACCUGUGGGUGUCUCAGAAGAGACAGCAGGCCAGCUUCCCUGGUGACCGCCCCCGGGGCGUGGUGGCUCGCCUGUUCCCCUACAGUAACUACAAGCUGGAGAUGGUUGUCGUCAAUGGGAGAGGUGAUGGGCCUCGAAGUGAAACCAAGGAAUUCACCACCCCGGAAGGAGUACCCAGUGCCCCCAGGCGUUUCAGAGUCCGGCAGCCCAACCUGGAGACCAUCAACCUGGAGUGGGACCACCCAGAGCACCCCAAUGGAAUCCUGAUUGGAUACACCCUCAAAUACGUGGCCUUCAAUGGAACCAAACUGGGAAAGCAGAUGGUGGAGAACUUCUCUCCCAAUCAGACCAAGUUCUCAGUGCAGAGAGCAGACCCUGUGUCGCGGUACCGCUUCUCCCUCAGCGCCAGGACGCAGGUGGGCUCUGGGGAAGCGGCCACGGAGGAGUCCCCAGCACCUCCAAAUGAAGCUACUCCAACUGCAGCUCCUCCCACGUUGCCCCCGACUACCGUGGGUACUACAGGCCUUGAGAGCAGUACUGAUGCUACUGCCCUUGCUGCCACCAGUGAAGCCACGACAGUUCCCAUCAUCCCAACUGUCGUACCUACCACCAUCGCCACCACCGUCGCCACAACUACUACAACCACUGCCGCCACCACCACCACCACCACCACGGAGACUCCUCCCACCACCACCACUGCAACUAAGAUUCACGAAACCGCCCACCAUGAGCAGUCCAUUUGGAACGUCACGGUGCUCCCGAACAGUAAAUGGGCCAACAUCACCUGGAAGCACAAUUUCAGGCCUGGAACUGACUUUGUGGUUGAGUACAUCGACAGCAACCAUACGAAAAAAACUGUCCCUGUUAAGGCCCAGGCCCAGCCUAUACAGCUGACAGACCUCUAUCCCGGGAUGACGUACACGUUGCGGGUGUAUUCCCGGGACAACGAGGCCAUCAGCAGUACCGUCAUCACCUUUAUGACCAGUACAGCUUACACCAAUAACCAGGCCGACAUCGCCACCCAGGGCUGGUUCAUCGGGCUCAUGUGCGCCAUCGCCCUUCUGGUGCUGAUCCUGCUCAUCGUCUGCUUCAUCAAGAGGAGUCGCGGUGGCAAGUACCCAGUGCGAGAAAAGAAGGAUGUUCCCCUGGGCCCUGAAGACCCCAAAGAAGAAGAUGGCUCAUUUGACUACAGUGACGAAGACAACAAGCCCCUACAGGGCAGCCAGACAUCUCUGGAUGGCACCAUCAAACAGCAGGAGAGCGAUGACAGCCUGGUGGACUACGGUGAAGGUGGCGAGGGCCAGUUCAAUGAAGAUGGCUCUUUUAUCGGCCAGUACACAGUCAAAAAGGACAAGGAGGAGACAGAGGGCAAUGAGAGCUCGGAGGCCACGUCGCCUGUCAAUGCCAUCUAUUCUCUGGCCUGAUGGAGCACCCCAGACGCAGUGCUACUUUGCAAGUAGGAGGGGAGAAGGGGGAGACAAAGCAACCGCAGACCUACCACCAAGCCACAACCACCUUCGGGGACAAGGGUACAACCUGGGGGUCUGCCAAGCUGUGAGGACCAGUGCCCACCCAGCUAUCCACAACCCCCUCCUAGUGAUGCCCCCAAGGCCCUUUGGGUGCCAUUAGAUGGGAAAGCUAGAGCUGUGCUCCUUGGAGGGAGCCCUAGUCCUUUGCCCUGUCUCACGGACACCCUGAGCAUUCCACCACAGUGGCCGCCCUUGAUCUCGGCUCACAUUCAUCCAUUUGUAUUUGCUUACAAUCUCUUCAUUGUCUUUUUUUUUUUUUUUUUUUUUUUUGCUUUUAUGCAUCCUCUCCUUCCAACCCACUGUCUCCAUUUUCUUUUACUUUCAAAAAAAGAAAGAAAGAAAGAAAAAAGUCCCUGGAGAAAGAAUAAGUGGGCUCUCCCCCACCCCAACCCUGAAGAACGAAAAGAUGGGCAAAGAGGAUUGAUCCAUAACACAACACGCAGAAAAGCUGUAGUAUCCAAGCUGCCACCAGGCCAGUGUGUUUCCGAAGGAUGCCUUUCGCCAUAUGCCUCCCCCACCCCCACUCCCCAGCCAUCUGCCUCGGCCAUGUCCAUGCUGAGCUGGUCUUGGCUCCUUUCUGGAAAAUGACAGUGUUUUUUGGCAGGGAGAGGGUGAGCAGGCAGGACUCCUUUCCGAGCUCUGGUUUGGUUGGGGAGGAG